AGAAUUUCACUUCUGAAAGAAACGUCUGUUUCUAAGCUGUGCGCCGAUUGGCUCGUAAAGCUUGUUAAGACGAUUAUUCUCUUGAAAGAAAUCAAAGUCCCUUAUAAAUAACACACUGGUCCUAUACUUUACAGCCUAUUCCCAGAGCGAUUCGUUCUUCACGGGAGACAGAAUGUCAAAUCAGUAAGUAUGACGUUCUAUGAUAUUAGUAUUCUGCUCAGUAUAUUUGAUUGAUACAUCAAACACUUUAUAGUUUUCUUUUAAAAUCAUCAUAUUUUUUAACUGACUUUUUUUUGCACGAACAUGAAAAAAUACUAUUAAUUAUUAAAUAAAUAACAUUCAUUUUUGCAUCCAUCUGAAAUCCUUUUUGGUUCUAGAAUCUAGUGUUACACAUUGUGCUGUGAAAAAGACACUUGUAAUAUUUGUAUUGUUUUCGUUUUCCUUAAUUUAGCAAUAGUAGAUAAAACUUGUUUACUGUGAAUAUGAAACAUUUUAAAAAAAAAUUCAAAAUGGUUUAAUUUUUUCAUAACUGAUGGGAAAAAAAAUUUCAGAAUGGUUUAAUUUUUUCAUAACUGAUGAAAAAAAAAAAAGGAAAUAACUGUCGUUUAAUUGGGUGGGGGGGGUAUAAAAAAUGGAAUUGUGCGGGAAUUAAAGGGACACUAUAUACACACCUGAACCACUACAGCUUAAAGGGACACUCCAGACCGUCUGGCGUGUCCCUUUAAGCUGUAGUGGUUCAGGUGUCUUUAGUGUCCCUUUAAUUUCCCCACAAUUCCAUUUAUUUUUUUUAUAUGCACUAAAGUUUGCUCUUUUCAUUUUGGAAAUAGUGCAGAAUUAAAUAGAUAUUGACACUUUUAUAAAUUAUACUGGUUGCACCCCCCUGGCUUUUCUAGUAGACAAUAUGUCCUGUUACUUCCUGGUUUGCUUGGCUUAUUUGCACUGGAUUCAAGGCAGGCUUUUUAAUGUGAAAGCACCUCUUGUGGUAGUCAUAACGUAGGCCACUAGAGGUGAUUUCUAUGUUAGUGCUGCACUGUAUGCCACACUUACAUUUAGUAUCUCCACACUCUGUAUGGCAUUAGAGAAAAGGUGAAUACAAAAAAACACUUUUUAUCUCGAGAGAGACUGAGUUGUGGACCUAAAUAGUGAGCUUGCAAACAAAGAGGAAAUCUCCAGGCACUCAAGGUGUUCACGCCACAUGCAGAUUUAACCCCUUCAGGAUCGCUGACGGUUCAGGACCAUCAGCGGUAAAACGUGCGUUUGGACCGCUGACGGUCCUGAACAGUCAUAACGAAAAACGGGCUGCGGGAAGCGAUCAAAGAUCGCUCCCGCCAGUAUAACACUGUAACUAUCUGCCAGACAUCCCAGGCAGAUAGUAACAGCCAAUUGCGGCGUGUGAGCAAUCCGCAGUCGCUCACAAUUGGCUGCUGUCAAAGUGGGUGUUACAAACACUCACUUUGACAGUGACCUCUGCCCUCUCUCCUCUGUAGCGUUUUGUGAGGCGAGAGAGAUCGUGAUAGUUUGUUGCAGCAGAAGUGUUCCAGAGCUUUAUACAGGAUCUAAAGUGAAUAAAAAAUCCCUUUUAACCCCUUCCCUGCCACAUCUGUUACAGCAGUGCAUUUGUACUGUCUGUAUUUUAUUUUAUUUUAUUGCCCUUAAAGGGUUAAAUUUGUUUUAAAUAUCUGUGUCUUGGUUUGUUUUUGUCUGUCUUGGUCUUUCUUAGUCAGUCAGUUUCCUUCCCCCAAAUCUCCAUUAGAUUUUUGUGACAGGAUUUAGUUUAGGGAUUGCUGUUUAGUCUGUUUUAGUAAAAAAAAAAAAAAAAAAUGUGUGUGUUUAAUUUGUUUUAGUCGUGUGUAAAACAUGCAGCGUAUGUAUGACUUGCAGGAGGCAUAUGCCACUGACACUGCGUCAGAUUUUGACCCAGGUCAGUUUUCUGACACGUCUAGUCAAGACGACAUGUCAUCUGUGCAGUGGCGUACACAUGACCCAUGGGGCCCCGGUGCGAAAAUUGAUCCGUGGGCCCCCCGCGCGCGCGUGCCGGGCCGCAACACAUGGCGGUGGGCACCUGGUCGUAGGGGUUACAGGGCUGCGACCCCUGCGACCGUGGUAUGUACGCCAGUGCAUGCAGAUGCACACACACACUUAAAGGACCACUAUAGUGCCAGGAAAACAUACUCGUUUUCCUGGCACUAUAGUGCCCUGAGGGUGCCCCCACCCGCCCGGCUCUGGAAAGGGGAAAAGAGGUUAAACUUACCUUUUCCCAGCGCUGGGCGGGGAACUCUCCUCCUCCGAUCCUCCUUCUCUCUUCCCCAUCGGCUGAAUGCGCACGCGCGGCAAGAGCUGCGCGCGCAUUCAGCCCGUCUCAUAGGAAAGCAUUCAUAAUGCUUUCCUAUGGACGCUUGCGUGCUCUCACUGUGAAAAUCACAGUGAGAAGCACGCAAGCGCCUCUAGCGGCUGUCAAUGGGACAGCCACUAGAGGAAAUAGGGGAAGGCUUAACCCAUUCAUAAACACAGCAGUUUUCUCUGAAACUGCUAUGUUAUAAAAACAAUAGGUUAAGCCUAGCUGGACCUGGCACCCAGACCACUUCAUUAAGCUGAAGUGGUCUGGGUACCUAGAGUGGUCCUUUAAACAGACACCCAGAUCACAUCAGCUCAAUGAAGUGGUCUGGGUGCCAGGUCCCUCUAGUUUUAACCCUGCAGCUGAAAACAUAGCAGUUUCAGAGAUUCACUGAGGGUUAAUCCAGCCUAUAGUGGCUGUCUCACUGACAGCCGCUAGAGGAGCACACUGAACGUCCAUAGGAAAGCAUUGAGUAAUUGAAUGCGUGUGCGGUCGCAUUCGGAGCUGAGAGGCUGAGGGAUCCCCAGCGCCAAUGGAGUCCGGCGCUGGAGAAAGGUAAGUGCUGAAGACACACACACUCUCACUUACACACCUCUCCUUACAGACGCAUACACACUAGCUAACAGACACACACAUUUACUGACAGACACACUCAGCGACAGACAUACAUACACACUAACUUACAAAACAUACACUCUCAUUGACAAACACACACUCUCUAACAGACAUCAAACAGACUCACUAACACACACACUCAGUAAGACACACACAGUAACACUCACUGACACACACAGUAACACUCACUGACACUCACUAGCAGACACACCCACUCACUCUAACGCUCACUCUAACAAUCACUAGCAGACACACUCACUCACUCUAACACUCACACUCACUAGCAGACACACUCUAACACUCACACACACUAACACUCACUAGCAGACACACACACACACUAACACUCACACUAAUACUCACUCUAACACUCACACACUCUAACACUCACACACUAACACAUGUUGUUUUUUUUUUUAAAUGUAAUCCCCCCAGCCUCCUUACCUUUUGGAGUGCUGGGGGGAUUCCCUGGGGUCCAGUGGUGCUGCUGGGCUCCUGGGCAGGUGGCCGGUCGGGCAGGCGGGCGCGCGAGGGAGCACUCAGUGCUUCCUCUUCAGCUCCCUCGCGCGCCGCGCAGGUAUGCUGGCGCCGGAAGAUGACGUCAUCUUCCGGCUCCGGUAUCAGUGCGGUGCGCGAGGGAGCUGAAGAGGAAGCACUGAGUGCUCCCCCGCGCGCCCGCCUGCCGGACCAGCCACCCGCCUUCCGGGUAUCAGCAGGGCCAGCCUCGGGGGGCCCUGGGGUGGUCGGCUCCUGGGCCCCCCAGGGGAAGAGGCUGGCCCAGUGGCUACAUACCGGGUCGCAGGGGCGGCCGGGCCCCCUGGUGGGCCGGGCCCGGUCGCAGCCACGACCCCUGCGACCCUGGUAUGUACGCCACUGCAUCUGUGUGUGAGCCGGCUGAAGAAAGAAGCUGUGCUUCCUCUGCUACGCCAAAUGUGGAAGAGGACUGGGUACCUCCACAGUUAGCCAAGCCCAACGUCCCCCCUUUUAGUGCCAACGCAGGCAUUAAUUUUAAUGUGGAUUGCUUCUCUCCAAUGCAGUAUGUAGAACUAUUUUUAGGGGAUACCAUCUGGGAGGAGAUUGCCUCCCAGACUAACUUGUAUGAUAACAAUCCAGGUAGCUACCACAGAUGUCCCAGAGCUUAAAAAAUUCUGGGCUCUUACAAUGCUCAUGGGGAUUAUAAAGAAGCCAUCGAUUCGCUCAUACUGGAGCACCAACCCAAUAAUGUCUAGUCCAGUAUUUUCCCAAACCAUGCCUAGAGCCAGAUACGAGUUACUGCUGAGAUUUUUACAUUUCAGUGACAAUGCUCUCUGUCACCCUAGAGAUCACCUCCAAUACGAUAGGCUUCAUAAAAUACGGCCACUGCUAGACCAUUUUCAGGACAAAUUUUCGGAUGUUUAUACCCCCCCAACAAAAUUUAUCCAUAGAUGAAUCUCUAAUGAAAUACAAAGGGAGAUUAGGGUUCAGACAAUACAUCCCCUUAAAGCGCUCUAGGUAUGGCAUAAAACUGUACAAACUGUGCGAGAGCGAAAGUGGAUACACGUUUGCCUUUCGUGUUUGAGGGGAAAGAUGGUCAACUGGACCCUCCUGGCUGUCCUGACUCCCUGGGGACAAGUGGGAAACUUGUAUCGGACCUACAAACCCCUUGUUUAAUAAAGGGUACCACCUUUAUGUGGAAAAUUUUUAUAGUAGUGUCCGUCUGUUUAAAACACUUUAUGGUUUACAGACACUGGCCUGCGGCACUGCCAGAAACAAUUCCAAAGACUUUCCACGAUCUCUCAUAGAGGCAAAAUUAAAAAAAAAAGGCGAAUGUAAAGCACUUCGCAAAGUUGAAGUGCUUGCACUAAAAUUUAGGGACAGGAAGGAUGUCAACAUGCUAACCACCAUCCAUGACGAACGCAUGUAAGACGUCUCUGUCCGGGGGAGAGUAGAGUCCAAACCGGUUUGCAUCAGGGCGUAUAAUAAGUACAUGGGGGUUGUUGAUUUGGCUGAUCAGCUGAUGCAGCCAUAUCUUAUUUUACGAAAAACCAAAGCAUGGUAUAAAAAGGUGGCUAUCUAUCUGAUGCAAAUAGCAACCCACAACUCAUUUUUGCUUUUUAAAAAAAUAAUCCAGGGAAAACCACCUUUCUCCAAUUUCAGUUGAAAAUAAUUUCUUUAACAAUUUAUGGAGAUGGACAAGUUCCAACAACGGUGCAAGCUGAGUCCAGGCAUUUUAUUUUUAAGUUACCGCCAACUGCUAGAAACCCCCCCCCCCAGAAACGUUGCCGGGUCUGUUUUAAAAACGGGAAAAGGACAGACACCCCUUUUCACUGUCCUGAUUGCCCUUCGAAACCAGGACUGUGUGUAGGAACAUGUUUCAAGCUGUACCACACAGAACAGUUGUAAGAAGUGUUCCUGAAUUUUUAUUUUAUUUUUUGUUUCUUUGGAAAGCAGCCAUUUUUUGUUAGUCAGUUUCCUUCCCCCAAAUCUCCAGUUAGAUUCUAUUUGCAGGAGUCAGUUUAAAGAUUGCUUCUAAAUGUACAUUUGCUACCUGCACAUUUGGUCUAACAAGUUUUCUGGCAGUAACACAUAACCAGCUAGCCAAAACCAGAUGACGUGUGCAUAGAAACCAGAAUUAAAAAAAUACCACUACACUUUCUUUGGGGGGCAAAAUGGUUGGGGGAAAGAAGUCAAAACACCCCAUCUUCUAUAACCUUUGAUGUCUACUUUAUAAAAAUAUAUACUAUAUAUACUGUCAUGAUGGUAACAUUAACUGGGGGGUGCAAAAAUAUGUCAAACUGAAGAUAGACCAAGCAUACCUAUAUAUCAAGUUGAAAAACUGACACGUAUAAGUUCUGAUUGUUGCUUUUUGGCCCCCAAGCUACCCAGCAAUCCUAUACAUGGGGGGUAUCACUGUACUCGGGAGAUGUUGCUGAACAUAUUGGGCAGUGUUUGGCAGUGACACAUAACAGGAUCUGUUAAUUCAUGCCUAAAGUACAAUGUGUGUGACAAAGAAACAAAAAAAAGAUUACUACCUAAAAUUUUACAAAGGCUGGUGGUAGAAUUAGUGCAUGAAAAGUGUUAAAAGUCCACCAUUUAAAAUACCCUGGGUUGUCUACUUUUCAAAAAUAUAUGGCUUGAUGGGGAUAAAAUACAUUGGCUCAAAUGGGACAUGGGCGCAGGUUGAUUGCAUGUCAAUUCCAAGUUGGGAAACCGAUAAGCGCACCUGCCAAAUGUGGCCUUUUAGCCCCCAAAGAACCCGACAAGCCUAUGCAUGGGUGAUAUCACUGUAUUCAGGAGAUCUUGCUGAACACAUAUUGGGGUGUUGUUUGGCAGUGAUAUAUAACAGGAUCUGUUAAUUCAUGCCUAAAGUACAAUGUGUGUGAAAAAAACAGAAAAAAAAAUUACUAACUCAAUGUUUGACAAAGCCUGGUGGUAGAAUUAGUGCAUGGAAAGUGUUAAAAUACCACCAUGUGAAAUACCCUAGGAUGUCUACUUUUCAAAAAUAUAUGGUUUGAUGGGGGUAAAAUACAUUGGCCGGCUUCAAAAAUGUCCCAAAUAGGACAUGCAUGCAGGUUGACUACAUGUCAAUAUUCCAAGCUGGGAAACUGAUAUACGCACCUGCAAAAUGUGGCCUUUUUUUUCCCCCCAACAACCCGACACACCUAUACAUGGGGGUAUCCCUGCACUCGGGAGAUGUUGCUGAACACAUAUUGGGGUGUUGUUUGGUAGGGACACCUAACAGAAUCUGUGAAUUUAUACCUGAAUUGCAAUGUAUGUGAAAAAAAAAAAAAAAAAUUACAUAUGCAAAGUUUGGCAAAGGUUUAGGGUAAAAUGGCUGCAUAGAAAGUAUCAAAAUAUUCUUAGAUGAAUACCCUGGGUUAUCUAGUUUAAGAAAAAUAUAUACAUGUGGGGUGUUUUUUUGGGGGGAGAUUUAUGACAUAACAGUGUUACAAUGUCACUAUUGAUACAUUUGAAAAAUGUAUUUUGAAACAGCAAUUUCCUACUUGUACUUAUAGCCCUAUAACUUGCAAAAAAACACAAACAUUGGGUGUUUUUAAACUCAGGACAACAUUUUGAAUCUAUUUAGCAGUUUGUUUCAUUCGAUUUUGUAAUCAGUAAAAGAUUUAAGUAGAAGUCAAAAAACAUGUGUUUUAAUUUAUCACCAUAUUUUAUUAUUUUUUAAUAAAAUUAAAUUAUAUGGCAUGAUAAAAAUAAUAGUAUGUAAAGAAAGCCCUUUUUGUCAUGAAAAAAACAAUAUAUAAUUUGUAUCGGAACAGUAAAUGAGAGAGCGGAAAAUUACAGCUAAACACAAACACCACAAAAGUGUUAAAAUAGCUCUGGUCCUUAACGCACAAACAUCGCAAAAAUAGUCCGGUCCUGAAGGGGUUAAUGGAACAAAAAAGAGCAACAUUUCGACCUGCUGAGAGGUCACGCUUGAUUGGGAGUAUUAUUUUACUUUCAGUAAUACAGCGAACUUGAGACUAACAAUAAACCGUUGCCAUAAUUAGACCCGGGAGUUUUGGGGACACCUCCUGGAGCUUAGAUUAAAUGUCUAAGUUCUACCAUUAAAAUAUCUUAAACACAGCUUAACCUUUUGAGAUCAUGGUUAACACUACAUAUAGGUUUUUUUAUUUUUAGUUAUUAGCUAUUGUAACAUUUGAAGGUGAGAAUAGUAUAAAUUAACCUGCUGAGUGCGGAUGUGGGAAGACGAUUGACUGUAGGGUACUAGAUCUAUCAAGUUUUGCUAAGCACAUAUAUCUUUUCAUUCUGAUGGAAAACAAAUGAAGUGUUGCCCCGUUGUAUCCUGCAUAAGGAAAAAUGGUUAAUUGCGUGAGUGAUUAAUUAUUUUCAUAAGAAGAAACAUUUUUGUAGAAGACAUUAAGACACUAUUAACAAACACCUCAUUUAUAAUGGUUACAUUUAGGGUUGUGAGAGGAUAGGAGAAAGGCUAUGGUCGAGAUUAGGAUUUAGGAUUAGAAGGUGUUUGGAUUUUGGGAUUAGGAUUAAGUGGAUUUGGAGUUAAAGGGGACCUGUCACUACCCGGGAUAUUACAUAUGACACGUGUUUGUUAGGCCUGAAAAAUAAUACUAAAACUCCACACUACUGUAUGAACCUCUCUCCUGGAACUUCAUGCUUCCAUUUGUACACGUUCUGUCCCUUCCACCUGGUCCUCAGCAUAGAGAAAAUGUACUGAAAAGUAUACAAUAUUUUAUUUUUAUUUUAUUUUGGCUUUGCCUUCUCUGGACUGAUUUAUGCAAAAUCUUUAAUACAUAUUUAAAGACUAUAGAGCAGUGGAUCCCAACCCAGUCCUCAAUCACCCUCUACCAGUCCAGGAUUUAGUGAUUACCAACUUGUCUAAGGUGCUUUUAGAAAGAAAGAAAAAACAACACUUUGGACACAACAGGGUAAUCCCUAAAUUCCGGACUGUUAGGGGGUGCUUGCGGACUGGGUUGGGACCCCCUGCUAUACAGCAUCACAUGAAAAAGAUUUAAUCCAAGUUACAGAUGAUUUACAAUGUUUUAUUCAAUGGUGUGAUUUCCAGAGAAGUGGUGGUUCCCUUGUAAGUGAUAGGUAGGUUCAAGAUGCUGUUUCUGCUGUGGGCCCAAGUUAUUUUUUUUUUUUUUUUUAGAAAUCCUCUAGUGAGAGGGCCCCUUUAUACCACAUUUUUGUCAUGAAAGGAACACUAUAGGCUCCAGAAACACAACAGCUUUAACUUCUCCCUAAAGUCACCUGUAGUUGCUGUCACUCAAAUAGCCAUUAGAUGCACUUCCUGGUUUUGGUCCUUGAAAGAAACAUACCCUUUUCCAGGACAGGUUUGUGAAUGGGAAGUCACUGAUUGGCUAAGAACGUCAGCUGACUGCUCUCAGCCAAUCAGUGUAACCCCUGCCCGGCUGCACUUAGUGCUUCCUGAAAGUAACAUUUCUGAAGCCGGAUGCCAUCUGGGGGGGUAGAGGACAUCGCAACUGGAGGCAGCUCUGGGGUUAAAGCUGUGAACGAUUUAACUCCUGAAGGUGAGUGUCCGGCACCAUAACUUAAUUUAGAUGUUUUUAUGGUGUCAUAAGUAGCCUAAACUGUCUCUUUACAGGAACACCCAAGCACCAAAACCACUUCAGUGCAUAUGGUGCCAGGAGUGCCCCUCCCACAGUCAGUUUGCAAAAAGCUUGAAAACCUUCCAGGGGUCUACAUGACACCUGUCACUUUCUCCAUUAAGAGCCAGAAGCUCCUGUUGGGAGUUAUUGUUAGCCCUACUCAGUUUAAGCUCAUUGGCUGAAAGAGUAAGCUGGGCCUAUCUCAAUGACCCUCCUGGAGGAGGUUACCAAUGCCCAGUAGACCCAGUUUAAAUUGUCAAACCAUUGGUGUGACUACUCAUACUGGAGGGUGCCUGGGAACUCUUGGCUCCAUAACCACUAAGGCUCUCUGUAGUGGUUAUGGUGUUUAGCGUGUUCCUUUAACCAAACCUUGCAAGUUUUAAUGAGGAUGGGGCUUAUUAGCAGAUUUCAAAUAAUGACCUCCGUUCUGCUCAGAACAAAAGACCAAACAUUGUAAAAUACAUAAAAACUGAGUGUGUGCCUGUACUGUCCAAUUAAAGGGACACUAUAGUCACCAGAACAACUACAGCUUAUUGUAUUUGUUCUGGUGAGAAGAAUCAUUCCCUUUAGGCUUUUGGCAGUAAACACUGUUUGUUUGUUUGUUUGUUUUUUCCAGAGAAAAUGCAGUGUUUACAUUACAACCUAGUGACCACUCCACUGGCCACUGCUCAGAUGGCUGCUAGAGGUGCUUCCUGGGGCAGUGCUGCACACUGUGCAGUGCUGCCAUUCAGUGUCUCCACCCUCUGCAUGCAGAGACUGAACUUUAAUUCAUCUCUUUUGAGGAGAUGCUGAUUUGCCAGGGCUGUGUUUGACUUGCGCUGACUCUGCCCCUGAUCUGCCUCCUUGAAAGUCUCUGCCAAUCCUAUGUGAAAGCAUUGUGAUUGGCUCAGAGAAUUACUUCUGAUUAUUUUAGCCAAGCAGGCAGAUCAGGGGAAGAGCCAGCAGCUUGCAGACUGGGAGAUUUUAUUAUAUUUAGGGGGACAGGAGGGGCUAGAUUGUGGUUUUAACACUAUAGGGUCAGGAAUACAUGUGUGUGUUCCUAUAGUGAUACUUUAAUGUAUAAUUACAUGUAUCUUCUUAGUUUGGAUGUGUUUAUGGUUGAAUUUCUUAAAUAUUAUUGUUUUUUAUUUUCAGAGUGGAGCAUCCAGCGGGGGGUUAUAAGAAAUUGUUUGAAACCGUGGAGGAGCUGGCAACGCCGAUGAGCGUCCACAUUACCGGUUAGUUGACAUUGCAUUGUCUUGACCUUUUUUAACAUAAAACCCAGAUCCCUCUGUCUCUUUUAAGGAACACGUUAUGGCCAGGAAUACAAACGUGUAUUCCUUACCCUAUAGUGUUAAAAACACUAUUUAGUUGCCCGGGUCCCCCUCUAGCUCCUUAAAUAUAGUAAACACUUACCUUAGUUCCAGCGCUGCACGGAUCAGCCGGCGCUGGCUCAUGCCCCGUUCCGCUCCUUAGCUGACGUGAGAAUUGAUGAUCUCCCAUAGGAAAGCAUUGGAUUGGCUGAGAUAGCCAAUUCUGAUGAUCUCAGCCAAGGAGACGGAGACCUGUACAAUUAGCAACUGCUCAUAAAGAUGCAUUGAAUCAAUGCAUCUCUGUGAGGAAAGUUCAGUGACACUGAAUGUCGGUGCUGUACACUGUGCAUCACUGCCCCAGAAAGCACCUCCAGCAGCCAUCUGUGGAGUGGCCAGUGGAGGUAUCAGUAGGCUGUUAUGUAAACACUGCCUUUUCUCUGAAAAGACGGUGUCACAGCAAAAGGGCUGCAGAGACUGACUAUACUCACCAGCAGCAAUACAACUCACAUUUUAAUGUAUAAAUGUUUUCUGAUAAUUAGUUAGUAUAAACGUAAGCAGAGAUACCCCAAAAUAUCCGAAAAGUAUAGUCCUUAGAAAAGCCAGUGUUUCCCCACUGAAAUUGGAACGCUUUGCACAAUAAUGGCAAUGCUGUCUAGAGGGUGGGGAGUUAGUGCCCCUAGAACAACUCAAUACUUUUUGUGUUUGUGCCUUGUGUAUGCCAGCUACAGGGGGGUGGGGGUGAGGGGGAUUGUUUGGGUGUUUUACUUUGCAGGGAAGUACUUAGCACUUUUGAAAAGAGAAAAAAAACAUGCACCCAUUUUUCAUAGUUUGUUUAACCUGGCCUUUCUAUUUUAACACGUGUAAAAGUGCAGUUUCUCUCAAUGAAUUGGGAACAGUUUAUCAAAAAUGUACAGAGAUUAUCAAACAAAACUUUUUGAGUAAUCUGAAUUACUUCUGAAUUUUUCCACUUGACUUUAAAUUUUGUAACUCCACACUGAAAUGUUUUAGAAGUAACCAAAUCUUUUAAAUACAUUUUAGUUUUUUUUUUAAAUAAAUUACACAUUCCUCACAGCUAGACAAUCAUGAAUGGAAGAGAUCUGUCAACUCACCCACCCUCCUAGAAAUAUCGGGGCGAUCGGUCACCCCAUCCCCCCACAUUCUAUACCUGUGUAAAUUAAACAAGCUAUUCUUGAGCUUUUUAAAUGUGUUUUUCUAUUACUUAAAUGAAAGCCAGGACAUGACACCACCUUGAAAACUAUUAUUACAUAAAUGGAAGCUAGGAUUUGACACCACCUUGAAAACUGAUAACACAACAUACAAUUAUUUGUUUUUAUCUGCAGAUACAGUUUAAACUAUAAGGGUUCUUUUAUGCUCAUAAAGAAUUGUAAUCCUUCACUUAAAGCGAAUAACCCAUGGAAUGAUGUGUAUAAAGGUAUAACUAGCAGAACAGUACAAAGUUAUAGUUAAGAGAUAACUGAUGAUAUAGAUUUGGUAUUGCUGAAUACAUGUAUCACGAAAACACAUUACUAUAAUAAAGUACGCAGACCCUAGUGACCCACUAUCCUUUGAAAAAUUAGUCAGCGAUCUAUUAAUAAACCACAAAAGGAAGCCGGGGGUCUAAAAAAAAAAAAAUCGACAAAUUGUUAUAGAAGAAUAUUUAUCCUUACCUGUUUAUAUUAUGAAAAUUAUAAAUAGUCAUGGAAUAAAUAUCAUGACGUUUAAAAGGUUAUAGAAUUAGAUUCUCCUAGACAUCAUCUCCUUGCAAAGCUCAAUACAUACUCGGUUGAAGGAAGAAAGCAAACAUCUAGUGAUGGAAUAAGCUGUGCGAUCUCUAGACAAGUCAUAUAAUGGGUGCACAGAGGUGUCUCCAUGUUGUAGUGGCCUUUGGAGAAAAUGCAUCUAUGCAUGAAUUGGUUUAAUUGGUGCCACCAUGUUCAAGGAUGGAAGAUUUUCAGUUAAGAUUUUAUGUUAAAACAUGGCUCACACAUGUUCUGCUUGGCUAUAGGUAGAGACUGUAUAUGUAUAAACGUUAUCUAUAUAUCACAGAUGGGAAUGAUUACACAAUGGCUAUUAUGGGUUCUGAGUCCAUAGAUAAGAGAGUCUACGUAAUUCAGCCCAAAAACAUUGGGAGGGAAAAUCCCAAAACGUGCAAAAUGUAAUUUAAAAAAAAAAAAGUACCCUUAUUGCUUCAUAGUUAAAAUUGGGGCUGGGACCAGCAGUAGCGGGAAAGACAUCACCACGAUAAUGCUAAUAGUUUCUGUGCUUUAUGAGCACUUCAUCAGAGAUGAAUAAAGAGCCCAUGAUGCAUGAAACGCGUUGGCUUUUUUGGGGGGUAGAUGAUGUACAUGCCAUCAUGAGACAGAGUUUCCUCAGUAAUCCAGAUGUUCUGCCUGUUGCCUACAGAGGGUACACUAGUGGCUUAUAGUUUCAAGUUAUGAUGGGUCAUAGAGUGAGUCACUGCCCCAAGAUUAGAGGACCAGCACAAGAACGUAUACAGAGAGAUAUCACCUAUAAAAAGGAGGAGCUAAAAAAAGAUACUUCAUUGUCAGAUCUGGGGACCUUUGUCUACUGUUCUAGAAAUAAGCAGUCUGAAGAUGAUCUGUGAGCAAUGUGAAAGAUUUGACCUUGGGGGAAUAUGUAAAUGAAGAAUCUCUUUCUAAAUCUGUGGCUUUGGCAUAAAUUCCAAAUCUCUACAACACAACGCCUGGCUCAUUGGCACUCGGAGAGCUGAAGGCUUGGACAAAGAACAAAGACCAUGCUUAUCAAUAAGACAUUCUUGAACAAGGGUACACAUUCAAAAUCUCAGCUGGAAUGUGUGUGAAGUCCUUUGUGGAAACUAUAAGUCCAAGUCAAAGCUUCUUAUAGACAAAGCCAUGACCAGUAGAUUUUAUCCUGUUUGUGGUCACACAGAUCAGGAUUCCAAAACUCGUAAUAACAAUUCUGCAGAUCAGGAUUCUAAAACACGUCCCGGGUAACCUCAGAGAUCAAGGAUAUAUAGAUCACCUACCUGAAAAAUACUUCAAAAAUUAUUUCUAGAGAUAAAAGGGCAAUAAAUCCACUCAAAAUCUUUGAUGUUGAACAACUGAAAUAUGAAUAAUUAUAACAAUGUUGGAGGACCAUGUAGCCUCAAAAUAAAAUGUUGUACUUAAUUUUUAUUUUUGUUUUGCACUUGUCUACUACUUAAUAUAGAGAUAAACCCUGACCCAUUUUUAUAUCCUUUCUAAAUAAUGUAUAUCCAUUUAAAUUAAUAGCCCAAUCAAGUUUCAUCCCACUACAUUUUAGUAAUCCCAAUUGUCAUAAUGCUCAUUGUAUGCCAAUAUCUUAAGCUCCUCCACUUUCCUACAAACUUUUUGCAUUAGCCAGCAGACAUUUAAAGUUACCAUUUGUUUCUUGAACGUUAUUUGAACGAUUUGCAACUAAUACCUUCUUUCUCUGUUUUCUAAUAUUACUACUGCCCACUGCCUCCACCCUCCUUCACUUUAGCUGAAUUCCCUCUCUUUUCUGUACUACCUAUUAUUAUUAUUAUUAUUAUUAUUAUUAUUAUUGCCAUUUAUAUAGCGCCAACAGAUUCCGUAGCGCUUUACAAUAUUAUGAAAGGGGAUUUAACUAUAAAUAGGACAAUUACAAAUAAACUUACAGGAACAAUAGGUUGAAGAGGACCCUGCUCAAUCGAUCUUACAUUCUAUAGGAGGUGGGGUGUAAGACACAUUAGGACAGGAAUGUACAAUCAAAUAAGGUGGGCUGCCCUUUAGGAGAGGGCAAGAGAUGGGUAUGUGAGGUAGGGGUUAGUCUUGGAGGCCAUAAGCUUUCCUACCACAUUUACCAUUCUAUGACGCCCCACCAAUCAUAGUUUAAAGCCACCCCCAACCUUCUAGCAAUCCUGUUCCCCAGCACAAAAGGCCCUCUUCCAUUCUGGUGCAAUCCAUCUUGGCUGUAAAGAUUGUGCCCAUGCACAAAAUCAACCCAGUGCUCUAAAAAGCCAGAGUCCUCCUUCCUACACCAACACUUCAGCUAUGCCUUGUCCUCUUCUUAGGUUUGCCACCUAAUUCCCUGAACUCAAGGUCCUCCAUCUUCCUCUAACAUUGUGAGGGGUACCAACAUGGACCAUAACAGCUGGCUCAUUCCAGCAUCUCCCAAUAAUCUAUUCAGUCUGUCAGCAACAUGUGGCACCCGGGAGACUGCAAACUGUCCGGUUGAUGCAAAUCAGUAGUUACGUUCUAGUUUUAAAAAAAGUUUAUUCCUCUGUAGUGAAUAGGUCAGAGUGGCCCUAAAUUGCUGCCCUGCCAGCAUACUCUCAUUUUGUGGUGGGAUUAUCCCCCAGUAAGAUAGUGGGCAUACCCACCCCACCCCUUCCAAUAUCAGAACUGCAAACUUGGCAAAUAUGAAGUCCUGUCUCGAUUUCAGACUACCAAACUUGGCAGCUCUGGUGACCUUCAGUUCCAGGAUUGUAGUCUAUUAUAAAUAGCUUCAAUAACACCGGCUUGUUUCAAUUGAUUUUGAAAAUUGGUAUUCACAAGAGAGCUGCAAAUCUCAAGCCAAGUCUUAAAAUUAGCUUUCUAUCUUUGCCCAUUUUAAAUUAAAAUGUGUAAUUCUCCAAAAUUUACAGUUUAGAGCUUCCAAGUCAAAAUUUCAUUUAAUCUUGUGUUUUGAAAUUCAUAAUAUAGCUCUUAAAAAGCUGUACCAGUUGAUUUGCCAUCUCCUGUGAUUUACGCUAUUAUCUAUUAACUUGGACUUAUUCCUUUGAAAAGGUCGCGUUCCACUUUGGUUAUCAGGCAGUCUCCUAAGAUGUGGACCUGGGCUGUUUGAGGUUGGCUCUGAAAUUUAUUACCAUUUGUUUGACGGACAGGCCCUUCUCCAUAAAUUUGAGUUCAAAGACGGACAUGUGACGUAUCAUCGGAGGUACCUACAAAAAAAAAAAAACCUUCAGUUAACCUGUUUCUCUUCUUUUGCUAUUUCCUUUGCUUGAUAAUGUGAUUCUCAUAUUCUCCUGAUUCUGUUCUAAGUUAGAACAUUGGAAGGCUAUUCCUGAUAUGGGCUAAUUUUUCUGUAAUAUAAUAUUGCUCCCAAAUACCCUUUAAUCUUUAUCCGGUACUUCUUGGGCUUUUUUUUUUUUUUUUUUUAACUCCCGCCAUAUUUGAAAGUGUAUAUUAUUGAGAUGUUGCUCUUAAUAAGUAGAUGUACUGAAAUAUAUGAUGUCUGAAAUAUUUGAACUAAACUCCUAUUGAAAUAGAUACAUACAUAUAGCCAGCGAUGGUGAGGUAAUCAAGAAUGAAGGAGAAAAAAAAAAGGAAUAUCCAAUCUUUGUUCUCCAGCUGCUAUUGAAUUAAAACUCCCACAAUUCUUGCGUUAUUGAGCAAUCUUUCUAUUUGCAGAUUUAUUCGUACCGACGCUUACGUCAGAGCAAUGACAGAGAAGCGUAUUGUAAUUACAGAGUUUGGCACCUUUGCAUUCCCCGAUCCCUGUAGGAAUAUAUUUUCAAGGUAAGCAAAGUGUUUUUCGAAUGGACAAUCCCUGUUUCAAUCUUUCUGCUCCCGUUUCUAUCCUAAUAUCCCUUUUAUCUAGCCUAUAAAAGAGUUUCACAGCAAUACAAUUUGCCAUAAUAUGUACUUACAGUACAAUGAAUGUGUGUACGGUGUGCUUGUUCUAAAUUGUUUUUUAAAGUUGUGUAAAUAUCAAUAGGUCACAAAAUCUCCUAAAAAUGUCCUAUGAUAACCGCUCUCCCUCUAUCCACACCCAUUAGAAUAUAAGAUUCCAUUUUUGUCAUUUGGAAUGUUGGUAGUUAUGGUAAAUUGUAUCUAUAGAAUGUUCUAGUAUCAGUAAGCUAGUGAAUGCUCAUUUUUCUGUGUAGGUUUUUUUCAUACUUCAAAGGUUUGGAAGUGACCGAUAAUGCGCUGGUCAACGUGUAUCCUAUCGGCGAGGAUUAUUACGCCUGCACCGAGACAAAUUACAUAACGAAGGUUAAUCCAGAAACUCUGGAAACCAUUAAAAAGGUGGGCCGUUUUCUUUUAAGAUUAUUAUUUCAUAUUUUGUAUGUGCAUUCCGUUUACUGAACUUAAAGGUAUUUAUCAAACUUGAAGGGAAACUAUAGUGUCAGGAAAACAAACUUGAUUGGGUGCUUAACACCCACCCUUACCUGGUCCGCCUUCUCUCCUCCCUGUCAACAUCCCCAUAGGAAAGCAUUAUACAAUGCUUUGCAAUGGGGAUUCCGGUGAUGCUGGAUGUCCUCAUGCAUAGCCAACCAAAAGUUGCCUAACAGCUUGGAAGUCCCUCUACUAGAGGUAGAGUUAACCCUAGCGGGUAAUUAUUGCAGUUUCUUAAACUUGAACUGCAAUAAUUACUUUUCCAGGGUUAAGGGACCUGGGACACUGCACCCAGACCACUAUGAGCUAAAGUGGUGUGAGUGCCUGUAGAGUCCCUUUAAAUAGACAUAAAGAAAUGAGGUGGAGAUCUCCUAAAAUGACUGGGAAUGUAAUGAAUAUAACAUUGUGGUCUAACAGAUGGAGAAAUCGCUGACAGAUGAAAUUUGUAGGUUAUAUUUUUUGAGUAUAUAUAUGUGGAAACAAGGAAAGAUUAUUUUUAAGUUUUUUUUUUUUUUUUUUUGUUGUUUUUUUGUUUUUUUGUUUAAUGUAACAUGUAAUUAUCAAUAAGAUAAAUAAGUUAUUGCGGUUUAUUUUUUUGGCAGGUGGAUCUUUGUAAAUAUGUUGCCAUUAACGGAGUCACAGCUCAUCCUCAUAUUGAACGUGACGGCACGGUAUAUAAUAUGGGAAACUGCUUUGGAAAGCAUUUUGCAUUUGCCUACAAUUUAAUACAAAUCCCACCAUUGCAGGCAGGUGAGUGUCUAACUUAACAGACCAUCAAAGAGCAGGUUGUUUGUAAUAUAGCUACUGAGUUUACCUCUGUUAUUUGUCCAUUAACGGAUCACAUUUUUUACAACCAUGUAUAUACACAUGCUAAAUGAAAAAUUUCAGGUUAAUGCAAAAGAUAUUAAUCCCAUAAAGUACAACUUCAUUUCCUUCUUUGUUCUAGAGCUGUUUGUUAACCUGCAGAGAAACAACACACUAGAUAAUGUUUGGGUUCUGAAAGACGGUAGCCUGGACUCUCAUUGAGCCAAGUGUCUUUCCAACCCUUACCCAAUGAAGAAUGCAUGGAUUAUUUAAAAACCAUGGCAAUAAGAUUCAGGAUAAUCCACGGAGCAUGGCAUUAUCCUGAAUCAUCUUCUAACACAUGUAGGGGGGGAUAGGUACGCCCCUUUUCAGUCUCUCCGCUCUGCUGGUGACCUUCUCCUGUCCAAAGCUCGCACAGUUACUGCUAACUCGCAUUUACAAGACUUCUUGUGGGUGGAUCCUACUUUUUGGAACAGCCUGCCUACCCCAUCAGACUCUCCCCUAGUCUUUAAUCAUUUGAGAAGUCCCUCAAAACACAUCUCUUUAGAAAAGCUUCCCAGAGUAAAUUAUAUUUAUCAAGCCCGUCUCUUGUUCUCUCGUAAAGGACCACACUCCACUGACAUAUUUCAGUUCGGCUAUUUUCCCACCUUGUUUCUUAGUUGCUAUCCCCUUCGAUGCCCCACUUGUUGUUUUCCUACACCCGACCUCCUCUAUAUUGUAAGCUCGUUUGAGCAGGGUCCUCAUCAAUCUACUGUUCCUGUAACAUUUUGCAAUUGUCUCAUUUAUUGUUACAUUUCGCCCAUUUAUAAUAUUGUAAAGAGUUGUGAAAAAGGUUGGCGCUAUAUAAAUAAUAAUAAGGCAGAGAAAUCAAUGGUAGGCAGAUGUUCAGAUAUCCAUAAGAUAUCCAGUCCCGUGUUCCAAGUUUAAAACACAAAAACAGCCAGGUGGCUAAUGGUCAGCAGUCCUAUGCCUACCGAACCCAGAGCUCCAGAAAGAUAAACAAAAAAAUUAAAUGGAAUGAGAAAAAUACUGAAUUAUAAUAUUUGAUGAUAAGGUGAAUAGUAUGUUGUGUUACAUGUUUUUUUUGCCUUUUAUUUAUUUAUUUUUGUGCCUAGACAAAUGGAUCUCCUGAAUAAUACGUUCGCUACCAGCUAACCAAAGUGCCAUGUACAGUGCUAAGAUUUUGCAGUAACGUGUCCAUAUUUAAAUAUUCUGCUGAUUUCAGACAAAGAGGAUCCAAUAACAAAAGCCAAAGUGGUGGUCCAGUUCCCCUGCAGUGACCGGUUCCAGCCAUCCUACGUCCACAGGUAAUCCAGAUCACAAGUAAUGUUUAAUGAUUCUUUAGAACACUAUCUGCACAUUUGCCCAAGUCACCGUUACUCUGCUUAUUUUUGAGUAUCCAAUGCCUUCUCACUGAAAUUGCAUUUCUCUUCCAGCUUUGGGAUGUCCACAAACUAUUUCGUCUUCGUAGAACAGCCAGUGAAAAUUAAUUUGUUCAAGUUCCUCUCAGCCUGGAGUAUUUGGGGAGCAAACUACAUGGACUGCUUCGAGCCCAACGAAACUAUGGGAGUGAGUAACCCGCACAGCCUCCUCAUCGCAUAUUUAUCAGAAAGACAUGAAAGCUGGUCCUCUGGGCUUCAAAACGUUCAGGAUUUAAAUUUCCUUGGUAUCAUUUUUCAAAAUUGUCAAUAAAUGCCUCCCUGCCCAUGGUUUGGCAUAGCUUGGUUUUAUUGAUAACUCAAAAAAAUAAGGAUAAUUUCUCACAAUUGAAUUGCCCCACUUGUAAAUCAAGGUGUUUGAAUUGAUAAACCUGUAUACAUGCACAGAUCUCAUGGGGCAUGUUUUUGUUUAUAAUAAAACUGUGAUUUAGCUUGGUCACUAGAACACAAAAUCUCCAUCUUGAGUUUGAACUCUGCCAUAUAGAAUACUUGUGUUUUCUUUUGUUUUAUGCAAAUAUAGUUGCUAUUGUUUUUAAGUACAACUAAAAAGAGGAAACACCAUUAUCUGUUAACUGCUUAAAGGGACACUCCAGAUCCCUGAAGCACGUUAGCUUGCUGAAAAGCUUUAUGUGUGAAGAGAGUGUGUGCUUUUUUUUUUUCAUUUUACAAAAUGCACAUAUAUGAAUAGAAAUUGUCCCUUUUUAUAUAGUCACUUUGUUACACCCCCUGGCUGUCAGUCAGACAAAAGGCCCUGUUACUUACUGGUUAUUGGGUUCAGUGGAGUCAGCAGUUGCUCAGAGCACCUGCUUUGCAAAGACUUCUCAUUGAGCCGAAAAGUCUGUGAUUGGACAGCCACAGAAAGUCUGGACGGGGGUAGAAAGAAAGGGGUUCAGACAAGUUAUAAGUUAUCUGCAGUCUUUUCUAGGUGUUUUAGAUAUACCUCCAAUUAUUAAAAAAAUCAUACUUAAAUGCAUGCAUCUUCAAAACAGUGAUUUGUUUAUUUUUAAUUGAGGGGGCGUGGAGUGUCCCUUUAAAGGCCAACUUUCACCAAAUGUUCACUACUCAUUUUCUAAACGUUUGUUACAGUUAAUGAAACUUAAUGAUAUAUAUAUAUUUAAAUGUUGUAUAUUGAUUAUUAUUAUAACUUAUUUUUAUAUAUAUAUAUAUAUAUAUAACUUUACAGUUUUUUCUGGUUAUAAACCAUGUUCGAUCAGACUCUUCUGUUAUCUCUCUAGCCAACUUCUGCUCAACCUAACUUGUCUGCUGCUGUGAAUGUUCAGUGUGAAACUGCAGCAGCAGCAAGUUAGGUUGAGCAGCAGUUGGUCAGAUAACUGUAGAGUCUGACCCAACAGGGCUGCUCGGACAGAAUAAAAGUGAUAUUUUCUCAAAAAUAUCUUUAAAUAAAAAAAAAAAGCAAGUAAAAUUUUGAUUUGUUGUCCUUUAAAAUCCUAUUGCAGUGUUUGCCAUCCUAACAAUCGUUUUCUUUUUUAACAUACCUAUCCCAAAACAGUACAUCUUUAUCUUUUAAUAAAGGCGGGCCUGGCAUAAGUGUUUUUUUUGCUUUGUUUGUUUUGGGGGUGGGGGGGACCAGACUGCAAUGUUGACAAACGCUGUCAUGUGUCUUUUAAUGGAAAAUAGUUUGGAUGCAUAAUAUUAUACCAACUAUCCAAUAUGAAUCAGUUCAGCUAACUCCUCUCUUCCUCCCCUUUUUGAUGGUGUAGGUGUGGAUGCAUGUUGCAGAAAAACACACAGGAGAAUAUCUCAAUAUAAAAUACAGGACGUCCGCAUUCAAUAUCUUCCAUCACAUUAACACUUACGAGGACAAUGGCUUUUUGGUUGUGGACGUCUGCUGCUGGAAAGGGUAAUGCGUUGCCAUGCCUGAAACUGCAAAGAGGGAUUUAAAGGGGAGAUGGCACUUCCCAGGAUUUUUAAUAUUAUGUAUAUUUAUUUCUAUAUUUAGCAUAUAUGUAUUUGUGAGGUGUCAAAAAUUAAUAUAACUAUUGAAAUACGCACCUCUGAAUCCUGCAACUGGGUUCCUCCAUCUUGGCUCCCUGUCAAUCACUGCUAUAAAUCUUUUUUUUGUGCACCUGACUUUCAGCCGAAAGAAAGUCUACAGAGAAACAAUGUUUCUAUUUCUCCUCUUCAUUUGCAAUGUUUGCCCUGGAUUUGCCUUGUCUGAACUGGAUUAUGGUGUCUUUGCUUCAAAAUGGAGCAUUUUAUAGAAAAAAGGGGCUAGCACGUGUUGUAUGGGAUUUCCAAUGUUUUAUUUAGUGGUGCCGUAGAAGUGAUAGUUGUCCUUUAAUCACCCCAAUUCAAAACUAUGGAUCGCAGAUCUGUGGAUCUGUACAAAAAUAUUAAUAAUCUCUAUCUUUCUUUCUGUAGGUUUGAAUUUAUCUAUAAUUAUUUGUACCUGGCCAAUUUACGGGCAAAUUGGGAAGAAGUUAAAAAACAUGCUGAAAAAGCUUCUCAGCCUGAAGUCCGCAGAUAUGUUCUACCCCUUGAUAUCAAGACGGUAUGUUAUUCAUCCACGGACAUAAAUUAUAGUAAUGAAAAUGUAAAAAUCCAUUCUCUUCUAUCUACCCCAAAAUGUGUAGUUAAUUUCUUACCUGUUUCCUGGGGGGUUGAAAUAGGAAAGCCAAUCUAUUUUUCUCAACCUCACUAAAAUAGACCUACCGGCAUGCUACUUUUGGGAUGUAGAGUCCUGCAGAUGUUUGACCAUAACCAAGGAUAAUUUUACUAAGAGUUUCCAUACUAAAAACACCAGACCAAGUCCCUCCAUGCCCCCUUUUCAAAUUCAACUUUCCUGAAUUUCCUUUAACCCCGUAAGGUCCAAACUUCUGGAAUAAAAGGGAAUCAAGACAUGUCACACAUGUCAUGUGUCCUUAAGGGGUUAAAGGGAAAUUCUAAGAACCAUAACUACUACAACAUAUUGUGGUGGUUAUGUUGCAAGACCUAUAUGAGUUCACUCUCUGAAGGUUUCACAAAACUGUUAUCAAGUAGUUUGACGAAAAACAGGCUUUUACCAGCAGCCUAUGUUCCUCAUCAGCAAUCUUUAAGCUGUCAGUAAAUAUCAAAUAAUACAUGGUAAGAUAUAUAGUUAUAACACAAAUGUUAUCAGGAAGCUAAAAAGAUUGAAGCUUAACAACUACAGGAGACUUUGACAAAUAUUGCAGCCGGGGUCCUAUCUAAGGAGCUAUCUCAUGUACGAAAAUACCGUUUUUAGGUUUACGUUGUGUUUGGAUGAUUGGCACAUUUUGACCAUUAAUAACAUGGUCAUUUUGAAAAAGAAGAAAAUGGUAUAUUAUUGCUACAUAGUUUUUUUGUUUUUUUUUAAUUAUUAUUAUUAUUCCAGGAAGACACUGGUAAGAACCUUGUGUCAUUGCCGUAUACCACAGCCACUGCCACACUACGCAGCGAUGGAACGAUCUGGUUAGAACCAGAGGUGUUGUUCUCAGGUCCUCGCCAAGGUAGGAACGUUGAAUAUUAAAUUUAAUAGAAACAAAAGCUUAAAUCAUGAAACAAUAUUCAGUGGGUUGUAACAAAAUUUCUUCUUAACCAACAGCUUUUGAAUUUCCACAAAUCAACUACAAGAAAUAUGGAGGAAAACCCUACAGUUAUGCCUAUGGCCUGGGACUCAAUAAUUUUGUUCCAGACAGGGUAAGAUUAUCCCUUUGGGUUAUAGCUGGCUGCUCAGUAAGCAGAGAUAGUCAAAUAACGGGGAUUUAAUUUUUCUUCCUAGCUUUCCAAACUCAAUGUUCGAACCAAAGAAAUCUGGGUAUGGCAGGAGCCAAACAUGUACCCCUCCGAGCCAAUUUUUGUUUCAUGUCCAGAUGCCCUUGAAGAAGAUGAUGGUAAGCUAACCUUUAACGAUUAGAAAUAGUAGCACAACGUAAAAUACAGGAGAAUCAGCUGGUUUCGAUUCACUCAUUUAAAAAAAUGUAUACAUCAAAAUGUUCAAAAUGUUCACUUGACCUCUACUAAGUAAAUGUGAUUCUUCUGCAAUAAUGAGGCUUCCUAUUCCAAGAAGGGAUUAACAAACUAAUAUUUCUGGGACAUCUGAAUCUUAUCCUAUUGUAUGGAAAGUGAGGAUACACGGUCAUUGAUCUAUGUAUGUGUUUGUCAGCAAAGACUGUCAUCUGUUUACCGGCACAGGUUGUCGUCGGUCUGUGUGUGUUUUUGUCAGCACAGGCUACCACUGGUUUCUGUAUUUGUUUGUAAGAAGAGGUUGUCAUUGGUCUCUGUGUGUGUUUGUCAUUGGUUUCUGUAUGUUUUCCAGAACAGGUGGUUGUUGUUUGUCCGCCCAUGCUGUCACUGAGUCUCAGUAUGUGUUUAUCAGUACAGAUUGGCUUUAGGCUAUAUAUGUAGUACUGUAUAUACACAUAUUUACACACAAAUAAUAUUGCCUUAUUUUAAAGUCUAGUAACCCUCUUACAAAAUAUUUGACUCACUGGUGUAAUUAAAAUUACAGUCAAUUUUGGUUUUCCAUCAGUCCUUCUGGUUUACAAAUCGUGAAGCCAUAUUUAAAGCACUUUUCAUUUCGAAUUCUCGAAUACUAAUGAAAAACUAUUAAAGAAUGAGAAUCCAUGAAUUAGUAUCUUACAUUAAACAUCUCGAUUGAGGAAACGUUUAAUUCAUGCACGUAAGGUAAAGCAGUUGGGGCCACUAUGCAUUAGCUCAACAACAAAAAGAACAUGAGAGGCUAAUUGAUGGGCCCUUAUUCUUGGACUUUUGCAGGAGGUAUAUGUGUUACAUAAAAAGUGCUUUUACAGAAGCGAAGGGAUUAAGAUGGAGCCUAUUACAGUUUUACUGCAUAUGAUAAGGGUUAUUUACUAAAGUCAGAAUUAAUCGUGAAUUUCAAGUUUAAGGCCAGAGAAAAACAAACUGCAUGGCAUAGCUGAUUCCCAAUUUGUUUAUUUUGACUUAAUAUUUGAAAUUCACUUUGAAUUCUCACAUUUGUUAGAAUAACCCUCUGUUGCUUUCUUAUUUUUAUUUUUUUUGGUUCGUUCUGCUAAAAGCAAUACUUCUAAAAGCAACCAUCUUUAUUUUACUGUAGGAAUUCUGCUCAGCGUGGUUGUCAGCCCAGCUGUGGGACACAAGCCUGCGUUUCUCCUAAUUUUGGAUGCGAAGGACAUGAGUGAAAUUGCCAGGGCAGAGGUGGACACCAAUAUUCCAGUCACAUUCCACGGCAUGUUCAAACAAGCCUGACCGGUGGCUAGGACUGAAUUCACAAUGGCUUUAUAAAUCUUUUAACACCAAGGUCCUUGAAGUGAAUGCUUUAAAAAGAAAACGAAAAAAAACAGCAUGUCUUCAGAAAAAAACAUAUCAUUUUAUUCUCACGGCUUCUGCUCCAGUCCUAGAUGGGACAGAGAUAAAUGCCGUCUACACUAUGUCCUCGAUAGGAUACAGAUUGUCAUCACAGCAGCACGCAAACUGACAGACGCAGAACUUGGGACACAUUCUGAUCAAACAUUAAACUCGCUGCACGGCAGCUUGUAAUGUAUCUGACAAACUAGCGCUGUGUACGUGAUCUGUGUGAAAAAAUAUUUUCUGAACCAUUUUGUAGCGAACGCCAAGUAUAUUUCUAUUACAUUCAGACAAAAAUUCCCAUUUGCUUGUCACUUAGUUAUAUUACUAUUCAAUUAAAAAUGUUGCCUUACAAUGUGUAUUAUUUUUUUUAUUUAAUUUCCUCAGUCAAUAAAACGCAUUUAAUGUUUAUUCACAAAUUUUCUGGAUAAUGAUUUGCUUGGAAAGUUCUGUAAAAAUAAUAGUAUUAAAAUAAUUGGGUUCAGAUAGUUUUAGUUGAUGUAUCCCAUGGUAUAUACUGCCCUCUAGAGUUGAAGUGCAGAAUGUGCAAGGCACAUUUUUUUGGCUGCAAAAUUAUGGUGGCCAAGCAACUUGCUGUACAACCUAUUAUUUUUCUUAAGAUAGUCAUCAUUAUUCUUAUAAGGGUGUUUGCAGUGCCCUGUCCAUAUUGUAAGGAGUCAAACCAAUUUAGAAUGGUUAAGUUCUUAACUGGGGCUUGCCAAUCGUUGCUCCCACCUUCAAUAGAUCCUAUGGAGUGCUAUAAGCUCUUUAUCAGAGCUACGUCCCGCUGAAAUGCUGCACAUAGAAACUCCAAGCACCAUGACCACUUCAAGUGUGGAGUGGAGAAGCCCUUUAAAGCGGCACUGUCACUCCCCUGAAAAAUGUUUUGUUUUCUUUUAAUAAAUGUUUUGCUUAAUCUGCAUGCAUA